AUGUCGACCGUGCCUCCGACCCCGAACGUCAUACGGCUCCCGACGCCUGCGCCGCCGCCGGUGGUAAGGACGCCCGCGUCGUACGAGGAGCACCGGGGGAAAGGCACACCGCUCGUAAUCGACAACGGCGCGACGACGCUCCGGUGGGGGUGGGCAACCGCGGGCGAGCCGUUUACGGGCCCGAAUGUGAUUGCGAAGUAUAAGGAGCGCAAGCAUAAUAAGCCGGUAUUGUUGUUUGGGGAGGGCGUGGAUUGCGAGAGCGGGGCGAGGGCGCAGGCGAGGACGCCUUGGGAGGGGGAUGUCCUCUUGAACUUUGAUGCUCUGGAACAUGCGUUGGAUUAUGCGUUUGUCCAGCUUGGGAUUGACACCCCUGCGGUCGAGCACCCUGUACUUAUGACAGAGAGGCUAAGUUCACCGUUGCACUCGAGGGCUUUGACGUCCGAGCUCAUGUUUGAGCUCUAUUCGGUGCCCUCUUUAGCGUAUUGCGUGGACUCCGUGAUGUCGUUCUAUCACAAUAACCUACCCCCUCCCGAGAGGCAGUAUACGGCUGACGGGCUCGUCAUUUCGUUCAAUACCGCGUCGACAUCUGUGGUGCCUGUGCUAGGCGGACAGAGCAUCAUGAGCCAUGCCCAGCGCAUACCUUGGGGAGCUUCCCAGGCCAGUGAAUACUUGCUGAAGCUCAUACAGCUGAAAUAUCCCGCGUUCCCGACGCGAGUGACCACGGUCCAAUCCAGCUGGAUGCUCCAAAACCUCUGCGAAUUUGCUACUGACUACCCGGCGCUGCUGCGGAAGCUGAAGGACCCCCUUGAGCUUCGGGCGUCCGAGCGCAUAGUACAGUUCCCCUUCACUGUACCCGUGGUCGAGGAGAAGACGGAGGAGGAGCUAGCAAGGAUUGCCGAAAAGCGUAAGGAGCAAGGGAAGAAGUUGCAGGAGAUGGCGGCGAGGAAUCGGCUGGAAAGGUUAGCGCAGAAGGAGGUGGAUCUACAGGCGCUGUUGAAUUUGAAAGAACGACGAGACAAGGAAAAUAAGAAGGAGUGGAUGGCCUUGCUUCAAGAGGAGGGAUUAGAAAACGAGGCUGCGCUGGAUGCAACGAUCAAGAAACUAGAUGCCGAAUUGAAAAAGGCAAAAAAGAAGGAGGCGGAAGACGACGAAUCGAUUGCGGAAGACGAACCAUCUUUCCCGCUGGUCGAUGUCCCAGAUGCUGAUUUGGACGAAGAGGGUCUAAAGGAGAAGAAGAAGCAAAGGCUCAUGAAAGCAGGCUUCGAAGCUCGGGCGAGAGCACGGCGCGAAAAGGAGCGAGAGAGGGAAGAGAGAGAAGCUGAGGAGCGGAUGGAGGACGAGGAACGGGAAAGGGAUCUCACAGCUUGGGCAAAUAAACUGCGGAAAGAACAUGAGGCUCUCAUCAAUAAAAUGAAAGGGCGAGCUCGGAAGAAGAUUGAGCUCAGCGACCGUAAGAGUGCCGCAGCACAAGCGAGGAUGAAGAGCAUCGCAAACCUCGCUGCUGAUGACCGUGUGCCCAAGAAGCGACGGAAGGCUGGUGGAGAGGAUAUGUUUGGCGCGGACGACGCGGACUGGGCGAUCUAUCGACAAAUAAACACUGCAGCAGCGGACUCUGAUGAAGAGGACGACCUGAACCAGCUCCACGCUAUCGAGCAGAAGUUGCUUGCUCAUGACCCUAACUUCACUACAGAGCAUACUCACGCAUCGAUUCUGUCACAACGGUCUGCGCUGCUCUCAGCUUUCAAGCCGCUGUACGAAGAGGGCGACCUGGAAGGUAGAAGUAGAGUGCAUCUGAACGUUGAGCGAUGGCGCGUCCCUGAGACAUGGUUCUCCCCGAGUAUGGCUGGAGUAGAUUCUGCAGGUCUCGGUGAAGUCUUACAGAAUGUUAUGGCGCGGUUUUCGGAUGGUGAAAAGGGGAAGAUGGUCCAGAACGUUUUCCUGGCGGGGUCACCAUCGCGCUUACCAGGUUUACAGCCAAGGAUCCAUUGCACCUUACGGCCGAUUCUGCCUCCUGAAAUGCCGUUGCAGGUAAAGCCAGCGUCAGAUCGAAGUCUCGAUGCAUGGCGAGGGAUGGCAGACUUUGCGAAGACAGCUGAACUGAGUAAGGUCAGUGUAACACGUGGAGAAUAUGAGGAAUGGGGAGGGGAACGCAUAAAGCGAUGGUGGGGAGGGAAUUGGAACUUAGCCACCCCGAUAUAA